GCAAUGGCAACGGAAAUGGAAGCAAUGCAUCCAACAUUUCGACCAUCAGCCAAACUGACAAUAAAGUCACAACUCAGAAUGCAGCCCCCACUGGCCGCAAAGGGUCAAAGGAUUCCACUGAGACCAACAGUAGCUCUGGCGUCUCUUCUGAGACAUCUCAAAGUUCACCCCAAACUGCAGAGGAGGAGCGUCUAAUGUCGUCAUCUAGCCAGGAGACUGUCUGAAAUCUUCACAAGAACUUCCAUCAGAGCACAUAGAUUGGAGCCUGACUUAAACUACACAUAUAUCGAUCAGUGCACAAGCAUUAAGACUAAGGGUGGUUAGUUCCAACAUUUUAGAAAACAGAAGCAUCAGCAGUAAAAUGAAGGGUUUUUUAAAAUUAACUUUUAAAAAUCACUGGUGGGUUACUCAAACAUUUAAAAUCGGGUUUUUACAGCACUGCGGAUAAAAUAAGUGACAACCUUUAAGGUAAAUCGUUGAAAGACACUGAAGGCAAAUGGUAAAAUCGAGUCUUCACAGCAGUGUUGUUCAAUAAAGUUUCUCAACAUACUUGAGGCAGGUGGAAAGAAGAGUCCUCUGUGGUCAUUGAAUGAGUGUAUAAAAGAAAAGGGCAUUUUAUUUUAGUUAAAAAGAAACGAUGGCUGCUGGGAAUAAAGCUUAAUGAGAACCAGUUUGGUGCCUUUGUUGAUUUGAUCCUUCUAGCUUAAACAGUUUUAUGAAUCGCUGAGAGCACUGCAGCAUGUGACAAUUGGAUUUUACAUGUCCUGCUCUAAUCACUGUUGUGGGCUGAUGAGGAUAAAAUAGUCAUUUUUUACCAAUAUUAUUAUGAUAAAUGUUUGAUGUCUUCAUUAACAUUUAGGGAAAAAAUGGAUCACUUACUAUAGCUAAUACUCUGUGAAUAGAUUUUUCAUUUUAUUGCAGCUUUAAUUUUAAUUUGCAGGCCGUGAGAUUUAGAAGCUUUUACUGUCGGAGCUUUAGGGCAGAAUUCUUGAAAGUUUGAUGAUUAUCUUUAGUGUUAUAUUUACAAAUAAGCUUUGAAGCUGAAGAGUUUUUAUACUUGUGAUCAGUAGCUAUACUUUAAUUCAUGCUGUUAUUCAUCUAAAAGAUUGGGCUGGAGUUUUUUACUGUGCUGACUAAUGCAAUAAAGGAUUUUAAACAUAAUGACUUUAUGGAUUUUACCUCUCUGUAUCAUCUAUUUCUUUGUAAGUUACAAAGGUUUAUUCCUUAUGAUAAGAUGGUUUUCGUCUUCAUAAAUCUGUGAAAUACCUGCUGUGUGUCCUUCUCAGUGUAAAAAAAGAAAAGUGUAAUCCUGAAACAUCUUUGAAAUGUGUUUCAGUCAUUUGUGCAAAAUGCACAGAGGUAAUACGCUCAUGUAUGUUUUCUUUCAAAGAAAAAUCCUCAACCUAUUCUGUGUGAAUCAGAUUACUCUUUUCAAAAAUAAAGAAAAAGCUUUCUCUGU